AUGUUAAUUGAAGAACAACAGUGGUAUUUGGGUUCGGACUGUUCCUACCCCAUCCACAAGGCGGGGCUAUACAGCGGCCUGGCUGUCUCCUCUGCUGUCAUGAUCAUCACCAUCGCCCUCCUCUCUGCUUACGUCAUACGCCGCAAGACCAGGGACAGACGGGAGAGGGACAUAAGGAAGGAUUUGGUGAGUCAGUGGCUUGAUGAAGAAGUGGCCUGGCCCUCAGAUUCAGCAGGAGUGAUUGAGAAUCCAUCGUUCUCCAACGUGGGCUCCCACAGGUCCAACAACCAGAAUCAAAACCAGUACCAGGCACGUAGCCAGUACGGAUCCCAGUAUAGUCAGCAGGGCCGUAACCAGUCCCAGCACGGGGGGCGUAACCAGUCGGGAUCCCAAUAUGGUCAGCAAUCCCAGUUGGGAUCCCAGUACGGCCAGCGGCAGGGUCCAGUGGGCGUGUCUGGCGGGUUGGGACCCCAGCGACAGGUGUCCAUGAGGGCAGCAGCAGCUAACGGGUUUGGAGCCCGCCACCCUCCGGAUUACAGGAACCCUCCGCCUGACCAUGCGGUGUACCCCUCCUCCCGAGGCUCCAGCCCCACACCCCGAUACCCCGGCCCCCAACACAUCCCCCUGCACAGCCUGGCCAACGCACAACAGGUGUCCAUCAGAAGGCCACAACUACGGACGUCAGAUGCUUCAUUUGAGAUCUAGAACCGGACUAUUCUGCACACUACAACCUACAUCCUGGACCCUAAGCCCUACACCCUGCCACUUUGACUGUCCUACACCCUACAUCCUAGGUCCUAGGCCCUACAUCCUACACCCUACAUCCUAGGUCCUAGGCCCUACAUCCUACAACCUACAUC